AGACAUAGCACAUUAAACAGUAGCAGACUACUGACCAUAUUGUCGGUAGAUAAUUACCCUGUAUAUGCAGUAUGCACUGUAGAAUGAUUCCACCGGAGUCACAACACUGUACACAGCAUGCAGGGUAUUGUUUCGUGUUAGGAUUUCACGCCUCUAAUAGUGACAUAUACUGGUAGCAUUGUGAGAAGGUCAUUGUGUGCUAUCUCACUGAAAUAAGUGAUGGGAUGUGUGAAUUAUUUGAAACCUUUGCAACAUUAUAAUGCAAGCCGAACUCAUCCUAGCCGCGUCUGCAAAACUGUAGCAUGACUUUAGCGCCACUCCAGUGGACUCACUCUACCAUCGUCUAACUGAACCCAAGCUGCAAGCACUAUUCAGUGAUUUGAAAAUUCAUGACAAGGAGGAGAUCGCAUUAAAACAUCUUAAAGCUGAAAGUAAAGAUCUUGAAGGGUUGCACGAAGCUACGAUGCGUAAAAAACUAAUUGAAAUUUUCAAAUGUCUUCUAUAUGUAGGCCUUAUGAGCACGUAUGAUCUAUUGGAGCAUUUCACAGACACCGAGGAUGAGAAUAUCUUAAAGAGACAUAAGGCUAUGAAUGACGGCAGCAAUUAUGUAUCGAAAGAUGUUUUUAAAAACAGAAAGCUCAAUCAGUUAUGGGCGAAAGCUGAAUUUGCUGGCUUUACAGAUGAAGAGCUGGCAGCAUUGAAAGAAGAGUUUCUCCAUCAUCAGGAAAAAGUUGACGAGUAUAUGAGCCUUAUCGCUGAUAUCGAUGCAGGAGAUACUCAAACUCACAAGAAUAGCUUGAGCGAUAAACAUGAAAACUGGAAUAUGCUUGAGCAAGAGGAAGAGAGCAACGAUGUUCCUGGGAAAAAUAUUGAUUAUCUUACGAAAGUUAAUUUGAUGAGAGACAAGCAUGUGAAAUUAAAAGAUGGAUAUGAUCAUUUGGAAAGACUCACUGCCCAAGGGCCAAAUCAUAAGGAAUUCAUAGAGCCUAAAGUGCAAGGUCUGUGGAGGAUUGCCCAGGAAGCCAAGUUCAAUCCAGAUGAGUUGAUGUCCCUCAAGGAAGAACUUCGACACUAUGAAAGGAGAUUGUUGAAACUACGCCAUUUUCAUACCUCUGCAGCUUUGGCUGAUGGUAAGAGAGGGAAAUCAGAAGACUUUGACAAUUCAACUGCUGAAAAAAAUGUGAAAAAACAUGCAAGAAUAGUUGAGAAGUUACAUCUUGAUCUUGAGACAAAAAUAAUGCAAAAGCAUGUGGAGCUGUAGAUAAUCAAUUAAAAAUUAAAAAUGUAAAUAAUAUGAAAAAAUGUAUGUAUUGCUUUGGUAGCAUAUAGAUAAUGUUUUUGUGCAAUUAUUUUUCAAGAGCAAAGUAAAAAAUUAUUUUUAUGAAAUGAUUAACUACUAUCUUCUAGUUCAUAGAAGAACCCCGACAUAAGAAUAGUUAUUUUGAUACUGAUAUAAAACAAAGAAUCGACCGAAUAUUUUUUCGAAUGUUUUAUCCUUGUUUCGCAAACGACUUUUGGAAUUACGUCUUAAAACGAAAAGUAGCCUUAUAUUUGGGAUAAACUUAUAUUUGGAACAAUAAAAUGUAUUGUUGUUUU